UAAUCUAGUAAAAACAAACACUGAUGCGUCUGACAGCAGUCUAAAAAGCCCCAGGGCAGCUUAAUCUGUUUGACAAAGUCGCCUGAAAAUACUGCUUUAAAUCCACUUGUAAUGGGUCCUUUUGGCCGCUUUCACUGACAGUGUAGAGGUGAGCCUCUGUGGUCCCCACCUGUUUGUCAACUGCCUUCCCUAAAGGCUUCAAGAUGCUGCGAGAGAAGGCCAAGGCAUGGAGCAACGGCUCAGAGGCCUACAGCAGCGAUCCUGAAGAGGACAAAGAGGAGGAAGAGGACAUGGUGUUUGGGGACAGCAAUCAGGGCGGCUUUGCGGAGGAGAUGAUGGAUUUGAGCGAUCUCCCCACGGCGCUCUUUGCAUGCAGCGUCCAUGAAACCGUGUUUGAAGAGGACGUACACAGGGAGAGGUUUGAGGCAUUGUUUAGGAUCUAUGAUGAACAGACAAAUUUCCAGAUGUUCAAAAGCUUCCGGAGAGUCCGGAUCAACUUCAGCACCCCAGAGGUUGCAGCCCGCGCUCGCAUCGAGCUGCACGAGUCCGAGUUCAACGGCAAGAAGCUCAAACUCUACUUCGCCCAAGUCCAGAAUGGGGAUGAGAACAUUGACAAGUCGUACCUUGCCCCUCCCCAACCCGUCAAACAGUUUCUGAUCUCGCCGCCUGCCUCGCCACCCGUGGGCUGGAGCCAGAGCGAAGACGCUACGCCCGGCAUCAACUACGACCUGCUGUGUGCAGUAGCCAAGCUAGGACCUGGUGAAAAGUACGAGCUCCACGCGGGGACAGAGUCCACCCCCAGCGUGGUCGUCCACGUGUGCGAGAGCGAGACGGAGGAGGAUGAGGCAGCGCGGCCAAAGCAGCAGAUCGUCCAGACCAGACGUCCCGAGGAGCCCCCCAAAGUCUUCAACUAGAGAGGCCUUCCCCCCCGACACCGGCGCGGCCUCCGACCGCCCCUUAAACCCACAACACACCUGCCCUCUCUCUCUCGUCUCUGCACUCACAGAGAGCGCCGAUGCCCCUCAUUUCAGUUCAACUACAAGCAAAAACAAACCAACAAGCAUUGCUCAAAGACGGUGUUUGUGGGGAGCGUGGCGAUGGAAUGAGGCGGCUUGAAGGGGAUGGAUGAGAAUCACACACACACUCAUCACAUUCUGCGGACAGCGUGGGGAGCGGCAGGCGCGCUUGCCUCCACCCCACCACUCUCCCUUGUUUUCAGCAAGAGGGGUGGAAAUACUUGUCCCAACGCAGGCACCUGUCACUUAUCACACACUCUCAGCUCUCAUUGCUAAUCCUUCUCAGUGGCUUGCUAGGUAGUUAGCUUAUGGCUUGCACCUCUCCCUUUGUCUCACAGUCGUGUGUACAAUAAUUGUUUGUUAAACAAAGACAAUAUUUCUUCUUCUUUUUUUUACAAUAGUGUUUUUCAGAUUUAUAUA